UUGAAUCCGGCUUCAAUGGAUAGUCUUCCUGAUGAUCUUCUUGUUCAAAUCUUGUCCUUCCUUCCCACGAAAGAAGCUGCUUCAACCUCUCUUCUUUCCAAAAGAUGGAGGACUCUGUUUGCUCUCAGUCCUAAUCUUCACUUUGACAACUCCAUCCUUUUGCACUAUAAAAGACUGUUCGGUCAUGACGACAUUCAAAAGAGUUUCAAUGAUUUUGUGGAUCACACAUUGGCUUUGCAUGGCUGUAACACUAUAAAGAAGUUAUCAAUCAAACUUAUGAGAUAUACUUCUAAAUAUAAUCAACAUGACGUUGACCGCUGGAUAUGUAAUGCCCUAGAACACGGCGUCUCGGAGCUUCAUCUAGUUAUUACAACUCUACGGUUAGAGUGUCCUAUUCCAUCCAAAGUCUUCACCAGCACAACAUUGGUUAAGCUGUCAUUGGGACCUUGCCUAAUAAGACUUCCUUCUGAUGCAUAUCUCCCUGCCCUAAAGGUUCUCCGCUUUGAAUCAUACACGUAUUGGGAUUGUAAACUAUUAAAUGAGUUUCUCGCCGCUUGUCCUGUACUUGAAGACUUAACCACACUUUAUGAAAAAAGUUACGAAGAUUGCCAUAUCAUAUCCAGCAAAAGUAUUAAGAAACUCUCAGUUACAAUUGAGUCUAGCUCUUUGGCUAACCGUUCUUGCAUUAUUAUGCUUGACACACCAAGUGUUGUCGACCUCUACUACUCUGAUUACCUUGGGAUUGAAUCUCCACAAUUUCACUUGGAUUCACAUGCCAAAGCUACAUUGGACCUUCAUUUAUUACAAGAUUACAAGCAAGUGAAUGUGACAGAUCUCAUCAAUGGGAUAUGCAAUGUCAAGUCACUGCACUUAACUUCUUCUACUGUCGAGGUGAUUUCAGUAUGCUACAAAGAUGAACUACCGAUGUUCAACAACCUUGUUGAUUUAGUGUUUUCAAGUGAAAAGCAAAGUUGGAGAGUGCUUCUUCCUCUUUUGCUACAACAUUCCCCAAACUUAAAAACUCUAGUUCUUUCGGGUCUGGAUGGUUUCACAUGUAAACGACGUUGGUUUACUCGAAUUCCCUCGAAUAACCAAAUAAAGAUGCUGAGUAUCAUGAAGUGUCAUGGGAAACCAAGCGAGGUGAAACACAUUAGACAUUUCUUACUGAAGAUGGAGUUUCUUGAAGUGUUGAAAGUUUAUGUUGCAGCUGAAAUGGAUGACCCCAAAAAGAUGCAACUCAAAGAGGAUCUGUUGAAGCUUCCAACUGCUUCCUCCAAGCUCAAGAUACAGGUCAUGUGA